AAAAAAAAAAAAAAAGAAAAAAAAAAAAGAAGUACCCAAAACUCUGAGCGAAAGACUGAGAGAGUUCAGAGAGUCGGAGACUUUCUCUGUUCGAAGCUUCAAAAUUCACGAAUCAAAAUAUCCCGAAACAUCUUUGAUUAUGGGUGACGAGAAUACGGUGACAGUGGCAAAUGGGGCUAGCCUGCCAGAGAAAAAAGACGAAGUUGUGGCCGAGAAGAAAGAGGAGCAAAAUGGAGUAAAAGACAUGGAAGAAGAUAAGAACGAUGAUGAGAGAGUUGAGGCUGCAAAAAUGGACGAAGACGCAGAGGCAAAGGAAGACAAGGAAAGUGAAGAAGAAAAUAAAAAAGAAGAAAUAGAGGAACCGAAAACAGAGGCAAUGGAAGAAGAUGCUAGUCCAAGUGAAAAAGAGGUGAUUGAAGAAAAGGAUGAAGUCAAAGACGAGUUAGAGGAAAAGAUUGUUGUGGCAGAGGAGAAAGAAGACAAGGAUGAAGAUAAGGCAGAGAGUAAGGCGCAGAAGGGGUCGAAGAAGCGUGGGAAAGGGAAGAGUAGAGAGAAAGUAGAAGAGAAGACAAAGGAAGUUAAAGAGAAGACAAAGGAAGUUAAAGAGAAGACAAAGGAAAUUAAAGAGAAGAAGGAGCCAGAGCCAAGGACUCCUGCUAUUGACCGUCCUGUACGCGAGAGGAAAUCUGUUGAAAGGCUGGUGGCCUCGAUUGAAAAAGAAGCUGUGAAGGAGUUCCAAAUUGAAAAGGGCCCUGGUACCGCACUGAAAGAUAUACCUAAUGUGGCAUUCAAGUUAUCAAGAAGAAAGACUGAUGACACUUUCAAACUGCUUCACACAAUUCUCUUUGGAAGAAGAGGGAAGGCACUUCAGGUCAAGAAUAACAUAUCCCGGUUUUCUGGUUUUGUAUGGCAUGAAAAUGAGGAAAAGCAGAUGAUCAAAGUAAAAGAGAAACUUGACAAGUGUAAUAAAGAGAAGUUGUCGGAAUUCUGCGAUGUGCUUGACAUACCAAUUGCCAAGGCUACUACCAGAAAGGAAGAUAUUGUUGCAAAGCUGAUAGAGUUCUUGGUGUCCCCUCAUGCUACAACUACUGUGCUACUUGCUGAAAAAGAGAAGUCAAGUAAGGGCAGCAAAAAGCGGAAAAGGGUGGCCAGAGGAAGUUCAUCAGCAUCUGGAAGUGAAGCUUCAAAACAUUCAGCAAAGAACCGAAGAAAGGCUGAGGAUACAGAAAAAAUGGAGAAAAAGAGUUCACUUGAGGCAGAUGAAGAUGAUGAGUCUGAAGAAGAGGAAAGAGAAGAGGAAAAAGAAGAGGAUGAACAAAAUGAAGAGGAGGAAAAUGAAAAUGGUGUUGCCGAAAAAUCUGAGGAUGAAAUGCCUGAGCAUUCGGAAAGUGAGGAGAAAAUUGAUUCUGAAGAAGAAUCUGAGGAAGAUGUGAAGAAACACAAGCGAAGUUCUAAAACAUCGUCUAGAAAGAAGGAAUCUGCCAGGAAAGCCAAAACCAAGAAAAUCACAGUUUCAAAUAAAUCCAGUACAACGCCCAAAAGAACACCUAAGAAAUCAUUGUCCAAACCCUCGAAGGUUGAUGAUGACAAUGAUACAAGUCCAAAGGUGUUCUCAAGGAAAAAGAAAAUUGAAAAAGUAGCAAAAGAAAAGGCUUCAACUCCAAAGAAACCUGCCUCCAGGGAGAAAUCUGGGAAAAAGGUUGCUAAAGGGAAGGACAAGGUCAAGGAGGAGAAACUCAGGCCAAAUGAUAAUGAAUUGAGAGAUGCAACAUGUGAAAUUCUUAAAGAAGUAGACUUUAAUACGGCCACUUUCACCGAUAUUCUGAAGCUACUUGCUCGAAAGUUUAAUACGGAUCUCACCCCAAGAAAGUCAUCAAUAAAGCUCAUGAUCCAGGAAGAGCUCACAAAACUAGCUGAUGAGGCAGAUGAUGAAGAAGAUGGAGAAGGUGACGCUGAGAAAGAUGAAAACCAGUCUGCUGGCCAAGAGGUGGAAACCUGAAGAAUAAAAUUGAACAUGACUGCAUGGAAAUAGUGUAGCUAUUUAUGUAUUCCUUAGUUCCUGUUGUUCACAUGUACUUUUUUACUCUUAUCGCCGCAAAAAGUUGGCUGUAAUUUAUUGUUAGAAUUCUAUUUGCCGGAAAACAAACUAGUAAUUGUUAGAAAUUAGCAGAGGACUGGAGCUGUGUUGUAGGAUUGCGGCUUGUAUGUAUGCAUUAACAUAAUUUGUAGGAAUCUUCCUGUCUUUAAUAUAAUUGACCCGUUUUGUUCA